AUGGCACAGAUCGAUCCGUACUUCAUAGAGUCCCAUCUACUGCAGAUGCUUCUUGGCCUUUACUCGUCCUCCAACUCAGCUUAUCUCGUGCCAAUCUCCCCUCUCUCCUACAUCUCGUCUUCUCUCUCGCCAACCGAGGUUUCUUCGACUAGUCCUCCCCUUGCUCCAGAUCCCGAAGUCGCAAUCCAAUCAAUCCGAAUCACUUCGCCUUCCGACACUCUAUCCUCCUCCGAGCCCACUACCUUAACCGCUCACUCGACACAGAUCCCGUCGAUUGAUGUGGCUCUGAUCCACGCCGCUCUUGACAUGAUUUGGACAUGCCUACAAGAGCUACGUUACUGGAAAUACUAUCUGAGCUCCAGUUUCUCAUCAGUUACUGUUGUAAUAUACUGCUAUGAUACCAGGAUCUCCAUGUCCGCCUUUGAUAGACAUACCUGUACUGAGGGUGAGCUGGACGAAAGCGGCAGGGGCAAACAGACAUUAUCACAGGGGCAUCGUGCACCAUGUGGCCGACAUAGGGACAAGUGGCAAGCCCCUGGAUCACCAGACGUUGAAAAUUGA